AUGUCUGAUUUCCUACAAGUUCAAAGUCUUACUCCAUUGCAGGUUAAUCGUGAUCAGGACCUGCGGGAAAGACAUAUAGGGGAGCUUCAGGGAGUUGUAUAUGAAGAAUCAAUAUCUAAUAUUUACCCCAAGGCUUUUGCAGCUCUCAUAUCAGGCGAAGAAGUUCCAGGUGGAGGUGAAAGUCGCGAUCAAUUGUACAUAAGAAGCAUAGCUUCACUGCAAAGAAUUGCUCAAAAACAUAGAGGAGCGCGAGUGAUUGUAGUAACACACGGAGAGGUUAUAAGAAAUUUAUAUGGGAGAAUUGUACCUUUUGAAGGCCAUCCUGGAGAAGUAUCCAACACAUCUUUAAGUGUACUUCAGCUGUCUGAAACAGAAGUUUGGUCCUUCAAAACAUGGAAUGAUAACAGUCAUCUCACUAUCUCAGAGAAACAGAACAUCUAA